UGUCCACAGCACUCGCAUAAAGACAACGUCGAAACAUCUUUUGUCGGCUCACAAGCUAAACUGCAGGCACAGUUGUCUCUCGCAAAAUCUCUUUGUUUUUACAGUUCGAACAUGGUAAUAAUCUAAUAAUCCUGUACCGAAGGAGUUUUUUUUCACACGCAUGACUGUAGAGAACUGAUGACAGUUGAUUUUGCACAAUAGUUUAACUUAGUGGCCGUGAGAAUGUGCCAACUUGUUUUGGGGAUAACAUUAUUCCUGUUUGCCGGCAAUUACAUUAUUCCUGGUCGGAGCUUACUUUUGCAACCUAACGGCCGAUUACAGUACAUGGACUCGCAUCAAUCCAAAACAUCGUCGAUCUCGAACUUUUUACCUCUUUCUUCGCUGCCUCGUCCAGCGGAUAAGCGCUUAUCAUACGCCUUUGAUCGUAUUCAGGCAGGCUGGUAUAACAUUGAUCCCAAUGUCCUUUCGCCGCGUCUAGUCAAUAUGGAAACGGCUGACGAGUGCGUCCAGAACGAAGACUGUCUGGGUGGCCAGUGCGUGCAGGAUAGCAAUAAAGGUCACCGGGUGUGUGCCUGCUUAAGGGAUUCCUUCCGGUACAGCAUUGCCAACGGACUGGAUGUCUGCCUGAAAUGCCGUAAUCUCUCAAAUUCCUGUUCGUUUGACGACGAAUGUCAGUGCUGGGAUAAGCAUGCCGAAUGCAAAAUUAUUGGCAAUCAGUCAAAAGGUCACUGCCGGUGUCGAUCUGCCUAUGUACCGGUGCUAAAUCAGACCACAAAUGAUGUGACUUGCGUAAGACGAGGCGGUAUCAACAGCAUUUGCGAAUCUGACGACGAAUGUCAACAUAUCAGCUUUCUGGAUGCCGCGGGUAAUCCCUUACCGCCGUUUUUCGUCCCCACCGUCCGUGUUCUUCACCGUCCAACCACCUCGACAACCACCACAACUACCACGACCACAACCACGCCGCCGAUCCGGGUGGUGCCCGACAGUUACGCCGCUGUCUGCGUGCCGGUUAUCGACGUGGCCGAAGCUCCGGGUCAGGAUCGCGAAGAGUUGGGACAGCCCAUCCUCAUCGCUCCGGACGAGCACGUUAACCCGGCGAAACCCACGGGGUCACCCGCCACCACGCCUAAACCCCAUGGUCAGCGGAUUCUACCUGACCCAGAAGUGGCCAGUGUCAACGAUUCCUCCAGCACAUGGGACGGCGACUUCAUGAUGUCGGAGGGAGCGGAUAGCGGCGCCAAGACGGUCACGCCCAGUAUUAUUCUACGUACCCGGUUGCUGUAUAAGCGACAGGUGCAAGCAGCAGUAGCAAAUCCUGGGGAGGUGCAGCGUAGCCAGGUUGUGCAGAAUAAUCCCGACCCUAUGGAAAAGACGUGUCAGUGUCCGGAUGGGUUCCAAAUGGUGCCUGGCAAUGAGUACAUGUGCCAGGAUAUCGAUGAGUGCAGUGACCUUUUCCCGGAUUCCGGUUUGGACCCAUGUAAUCCGCUGCGUGUAGCGCAUUCGGCCAGUGUCUGUGUUAAUACGCCCGGCAGUUAUCGCUGCGAGUGUAACGCCACGUUUGCCAUUUCCAAUGGAAUGCCGCCUUCUGGCAUCUGUUGCGAAGACGGAUACAUUCCUUGCUUGGAUGCCACAAAAUGUGUGCCUUUAGAAAACUUAUGCGACGGUGUUCCCAACUGUGCAACCGACUGCAGCGAUGAACUUUACCCUUUUUGCAAUUUUAAUACGCGACGACCUUUUCCCGACCUAACCCGUUACCCGCAGUGUCAUGAACCUGAUCUGGAAAUCCCUCAACGUUUCGAGCCGGAAGCUGCUCCCAUUCCCGUACCGGUGCCCGGACGCGGCACAGUUCUAACCGAUUCCCGACAAGAAGACAAUAUCCCACUAUCAGCAACGAAAACCGAACAGACCCAUCACUUCAGCCUCCCCGGCACCGAUAUCAUCGACAUCCAAACCCAAGACAGUACCGCAGAUCCGCAGUUAGAAGGCCCCGGUGUCUUCGCCGAAGGCUCCAUGUUGGAUUCCGUUUUCCAGGCCGAAGCGAAGGAAAACGUCACCACCUUACCUUCCACAGCGCGACCGGUUCCUUCCACUCCGAUCUCUAAGGUUAAGGUCACUUCACCUAAGCCCGAUGACAUCAGCGAAAAUGACGUGCACACAUUGCCUCCAACAUCCCUUAAUGUCAGUAAGACCAGUACAACAGCCACACCCAUCAGUGCAACGAAGAUACCAGGUAACGGAAAUGGUCGCGUAACAAUGGCUUCCAGCGUGCCACCGACACGAGCCACCACACCGCCACGCAGUACCCGCACCACAACUGUGCCCACUAUUUUUACGACAGUCGGCGUUACGACCAACACCGUCCCCUCAAAAGCGCAGACGGCCAACGAUACCGCGGACGGACAGCCCACAAAGGUCACUCCCUGCGACCGGAACACGACGGCCACCAUGCAGGCCACCAUCACGCCGACCACCACGAAGAAGCCCACUCCGCCGGCAGUGAUUGUCUCCGCCGAUUCGCCCACCGUGGCAGUAAAGCCGGCACUGAUCAGCCCCAGUCAGGGUCACAUUAAGCCGCAUUCCGCGGCGCACCCACCGCGUCGUAUCCAGGGCAAUCUGCAGGCAGCACUGGCCAGUGCGCUCAGCUCCAAGGCAAUCGGCAUUAAUCCAGUGGGUGCAGCGCCGUCCAAAUCCAACCGGCCGUCGCCUAUGGUAGCGCUGGCUAAUUCACUGGGGGAUAUUGAUCAGAUUGAGCCCUCUUUUGCAGUUGUACCGGUCAUCCAGGAAUCCAUCGGAAGUGCUACGCUUACUCCGUCGGAGCGUGAUCAGUUGAAACCGUUGAAGCCGCGCGAUGAGGAGCAGUCACCGGAUCGCCCACCUAACCCACUGCCGACUCUGCCGGCCAACAUCACCGCAGCGCUCUUUCUCGGCUAUACACUCAUUUAAAGCGGAGGAUUCUUCGCCCACGCGGUUAACCUGUUUAAUUUUGUAAAUUUACAUCUGUACAUUGUUAGUGUUCGUAAGCUUUUGACAGCUCAGGCUCUUUAGCUGCAAGCAUGCGUACAUUUUCAGAAAAUUAUAGAACAUAUUAAAAACUAAUA